AUGUCUUUGGAGGUGCAAUCGCUUGCGCUAAAUGCGCUUACAAAGCGCAUACAAGAUGAAGCGCAGGUCCUGCCUGAUGGCAUCUUACGGGUGGCCGACUUUUUGAACUACAGAGUAGAUCCCAUCCUUAUGGACAGCUGCGGGGCGCUCCUAGCAAACAGGCUGUCCGACGCGAAGCCUACAAAGAUUCUGGCGGGUUGCAGUAGCCAAGGUCUUCUGCCGGCUGUUGCUACAUCGAGGCACUUGCAGUCGCCCGUGGUUUUUGCUUACGCCUCCGUCCCCAAUACCUGGGACAGCAAGGCCACCCUUUCGGCAACCAUCCAGGGCCGUGCCCAUUGGGUGCUCACAAGCGCUAUCAGCGCGGAGGACCGUGUGGUUGUCAUAGAUGACAUUGUCAGCACUGGCACGACCAUCCAAGCUUUGAAGACCAUUUGCGAAAAGGCAGGUGCAAAGGUUGUUGGAAUCGGUGCCAUCAUCCGAAACCACUUGCUGGCCAAUGGUGGUGCCGAUGGCGAUUCCAGCCCCAUUGAUGGCAAGUUUGAAACCUUGGUGCAGGUCUCAAAGUCCGGCACAGCCAGUGUGCCAGUGGGCAUCACUCCAGCCGUGCAAAAGCAGACGUUGCCGGAAGUCGUGGCAGCGGAUGUGCUGACGGAGCGCGUGUUGCGGGAGGGUAAGGUGCUGCCUGGCAACCUUCUGAAGGUCUACUCCUUUAUCAAUCACCAAGUUGACACACGACUUAUGGACAUGUGUGGCCAGUUGAUAGGCCGGGUAUUUGCAGGCUUUGGAAUCCAGAAAGUGCUAACUGCCCAAACUGGAGGUCUUCCUCCUGCACAUGCAGUGGCAACUGCGCUGCGUGUGCCGCUGGUCUGCGCCAGGGAAACCCACGAGAACGACCAGGUGGUUUUUGAAACCAUGUACAGCGCUCCUUCGGAAAGCUUCACAAAGAAGAAGAAGCUGGUGCUUUACGUCACGAAGGAAUCCUUGCUUCCUGGUGAGGUUGUUCUGGUGGUUGAUGACUUUUUGGCUACAGGAACCACUGGCGUGGCACUUCACCGCCUAGUGGAGCAGGCUAAGGCUGAAGUGGCUGGAAUGGCUUUUCUCGUUGAGAAACGAUUCCAGGAUGGGCGUGGUAAGAUUUUGCGAGAGCUACCCCACAUGAAUGGGCGAAUUGUGUCGUUGGCCUGCAUUGAGUCGAUGUCGACAGAGGGAAUCUCUUUGGACUGCAAGGUAGUGGGCGAUUGCAAGCCCAUCCAAGCAACAGAUGAGAAAGUUAUGAUCGACAGGGUUUUGGCGUCUGCCCAUCCAUCCCAGACCCAUCAUGGGGGAAUGAUCAAUGCCUCCACCUUCUUGAACCACGUAGUGGACACGAAGCUCAUGGAUCAGGCAGCGGCAUUGCUGGCCAAGCGCUUCGUAGAUGCGCGCGCAACCGCCGUGUUGACCGCUGAGAUGUCUGGAGUGGCGCCGGCUCUGGCUUUAGCCAUGCAGCUCCGAGUGCCCUUGGUUUGUGCACGCCGUGAGCUGAGCAAGGUCAUGGCAGUUGCUGGUGGCACCAUCUCAGCGAAAGUUGAGGGCAGUACUGACUCAGCACGCGGGGCUCUGCACAUCUUUCGCGACCAUCUGCGGAAGGAUGAUGCAGUGUUGCUGGUGGACGACAUCUUGGGCAAUGGUGCCACUACCCUGGCGCUGCAGAGCCUUUGUGAUCAGGCAGGUGCCACAGUCGUCGGUGCUGGCUUCCUUGUUGAGAAGGUCUUUCAGCAUGGCCGUGGCAAGAUUCUGUCCACAAGGCCGCAUCUGGCUGACAGCAUCGUCGCUCUCACGAAAAUCCUCUCCAUAGAUGAUCAAGGGCUGAAGGUCUUCCGCUGCCCCGAGCCUGCCCGCGACACCUGGGUGCGGGUGGCAACCGACUUGGUCCAUCGAAUGAGCAAGGAGGUCGAAAUCGAUGUGGCGGCGAAUGCCAUGAAGUUCAGAUCGGUCCUUGGCCAACAUAUGAGCAUGGACCCUGUCCUGCUGGACGCAUGCGGUGACGUUCUCGCAGCGCAGUUUGCCGGGGUCACCAAGGUGCUGACAGGUGCUCCUGUGCAGGGCCUGUCUGUGGCCUACGUUGUUGCCAGGCAUUCGGAGGUGCCGAUGAUCUUCGCGCGUACAGGUGUUCCUCUGACCAUGAAGGGCCAGAAGAUUCUGAGCGCGCAGGCUCCGACAGGCACUUUCAAUGUCUCCGGGGAGUUUUUCAGUCCCAGCGACCGAGUUCUCAUUGUGGAUGAUUUCUUGGCCUCAGGACAAACUGCCCUGGCACUGAAGCAGAUCUGUGAAGAGUCUGGCGCAAAAGUAGCUGGCUUUGCCUUUCUUGCCCUGAACCGGACGCAGCUCGUGGGCCAGCGAGCGGGUGCCGCAAAGGCAACAGGCCGUGAUGCCCUGGCUACCCUGGGCGGCAAGGUGGUAGUCUUGGCUGAUGUGGUUGGUGUGGCUUCUGGUCGAUGUGAAGUGAAGAUCGCAGAGUGGCUCCAGCGAUUGUCCUGA